GCUUAUUAUGUAUCUAAUAAAUAUUAUAUUAUGCAUUGAGCUAUUACUUCCUAGAAUCAUUAUGACAUAAUAAAUUUGUCUGAUUAUAUUCAACGAUAGCUUCCAAAUAGUUUUUAUCGUGCCUCAUUGAGGAUUACUUUCCCUGUCGGAACUACUUUAUAGGCGACUCAGACUUUAUCUAAUAGCUUAUAAAAAGUUGCAAUGAUCCCCUGGUAAGUGCAUAUAACUUACACCAGAAUUGGUUGCUUUACCUUUCUAUAGUUCUUGCAUGUCCAUCAAGCUGAGCGGAUCGGACAGAAUAUUUCCUACCGAAAGUUGCAUAGAAAAAUAUGACAAUCACAUAUGUGACUGCUGCUCCGGAUGGAAAUCCUUCAAAUGUCUUCGCCACAAGGGAUCGGGAUGAGGGGUAUAUCCCUAAACUCCCUCCCAUGCAGCCACCGAUGCAAUCAGUGAAUUUCACCAACAGCAAUUCGGGAUCCUUGCGCCAAAUCAACAAACAACUUAAUGUUGCAUGUGCAGUGUUCUUUCUUUUUGUCUACGGGGGAAUGGACCUUGCGCACAGUUCGGGUUGGAAUCAAACUUUAAACACCACGGCUACGGAAAUUUUCAAAUGCAGUUGGUUUAUUGGAGUCCUUGCAGGAGCUGCGAUUGCCUCGCUGGCUAUGACCUUCCUGCCAAAGUUGCCCUUUUAUGUUUUGGGAGGUCUAAUGCAACUCACUGGAUCCAUUAUUUUCACCUGUGCGCCCUUUGAUUAUAACCUUCUAAUGGCUGCUCGCUAUGUGGCUGGUGCGGGAAUUGGAUUGAUUACUGUUCCUUUUCUCAUUCAUAGUGCAGAAGUUGCAUCUAACAACUAUCGAGGGGUUAGUGGAUCUAUGGAGCAGUGCGGUCUGGCAUUGGGCAUUGCCAUUCAGGUCAUCUAUGACACUCAGUGGGUGGACGACAAGGAAGCUUCAGUCAACGAGGUUCAUGGAAUUAUAGGAAUUGUGUUUUCCAUUUUGGGAUUGGGCAUGACAGCCCUUUCAAUUGAGUCACCCAUCUUCCAUUUGCGACGCAACAAAGAGGAGAAGGCUCGCGAAUGCCAUCAGAAACUUUUGGGAAAUUUCAACAACUCUAUUGAUCAAGAUUUCGAGGAAGUUAGAGUCUAUGUGACGGAGAGCCAGGAGAGGACCUUCUUUCAGGAGCUGUGGAGCUCAGUGGUGCCCUUUAUAAAGGUGCUCCUCUACCGCGCAUUCGUCGCCUUCUCCUUUUCCCUUGCCCUCUCCGAAUCUCUGAUCAAAAGUGCCGUCCUAACCGAGGGAUAUAUAUCCUGUUGGCCAGUCACCGUUUGGGGAUUGGUUCGUCUGCUGGGAGCUCUUGUGGCCCAAGGAUUCCUGGACAAGAUCGGACGCAAGCUACUGUCACUAGUGGGACUUCUUUGUAUGGCUAUUCUGAUGCUCUGCAUGGCUGUUUCCUAUGCAGAUCCUGCCAAUGUGCUUCUCACCUACUACAUGUUCCAGGUUUGGAAGCUGGGAGUGGCCUUCCAAGCAUUCGCAGGACUAUUCGUGUGCAGCUCAUCGGUUUACCUGGGUGAAGCAUUUCCCAUGAAAGUAAAACCUUUCCUUGUGGGAUAUGUUGUGGGAUUUGAACAGACUAUCCACAUCAUCAACAUAGUUGGCUACAAUCGAGGCUCCGAGAAUUUCUUUUACCACUACUACUUGUCUGUGGGAAUUAUCCUGUUUGUGGGAUUGAUUUUCUUUGGCCUAGUUAUUCCGGAAACAAAGAAAAUAACUCUGCGGAAGGCUAACAAACGUUUUCAGAGAGUGCUCAAUAUACGACUAUGGUAGUAAAGCGAUCUGCUUUACAUACACCAAACAUAUUGAGUUUUAUGUUUGCCUCCUAUAUAUUUAUACAUAAAUAAAAGAAAAUGCAGCCCGUUUUUAAUUAAUUAUAAAUAAAUGGUUACUAAGUGAAUGAUAAAAACACGAUUUCGUUUAGGUCUCUUAAACGUAGAUUUUGGAAACAGCGAACAGUCAAACAUGAUUUGUUUAUAAAUUUGCCAGAAGUGCAGACAGAUAAUGUUG